AUGACGAACCUCAUCAGUGCUGCCCACAAGUGCGGCACUGGUCCCGAUCCUAACCCGGCCAUGACCCCAGCAAAUGCCACGACCACCACUACGACAAUGGGCCAAAAUCUCGUUCUGGACCUUGCGCCGGUCGAUCUGGGCCCCAUCAGCGAGGACUGCAACCACAAGGCUUUCCGGGCCUACGUGACGCCAAACGUCACUGCCAUGUCGCCGCGUGAGGGCAAUGCUGGAGACAACAUCAGCGUCACGAUCAAUAUGCCGGAUGGCUACGCGGAGCCACUCAGUGCUGGCAACAUCUCCGUGUUCCUGGGAGCACAUGCCUGCCCGCACAGCCUGGCCAGCAAAGACGGGUCCAUCAUUGUCGUACAGUGUACCGUCCCUGAGUUCGAGGCCUCCACCGUACCAAUCAAGGUAAGGCUGCUCCCUCUCGGCUACGCACGCUUUCCGGACAGCCUCUCUGAGUUCACGCAGCUGCUGCCCAUCGACUCGGUGUCGCCAGAUUCCAUCUCAAAGGGUGGCGGACAGGCCCGGGUAUCUGCCUGCCAGCUUGAUUUGCUUCAAGGCCUUCUUCGAUACUUCAUCGAGCUGAACUCGGUUUGGCGUCAGAGACCUCUCAUCGUCGUGGGAUGA